CUGAGUUCCGGCAGGGAGCCGCUCCUGGGACGCCAGGUGAGUCGGUCUCCCUAUUCCCGGCGGGUGAAUGUGUCCGCCUGCGCCAGGUGCCCAAAUCCGAGGGCAGGGGAAGAGGGGGAAGCAUCACAGGAGCCCCGGGCGGGGAUCCGCUGCCCGUGGGCUCCCAGGACCGGCUCUGGACGCUGGUUCCAGCCCUCGAGUCUGCUCCCAGCCAGACCCUUGACCUGCGGGAAUCCCCGCUGGACCCCAGCGCCGCCUCGAUGGAGCUCCCGCCGCCCUCACAGCCCUCGCUGUUGCUGCUGCUGCUGCUGCUGCUGCUGCUGCCGCCGCCGGCGGUGCCCGCAGCUGGCGGCUCCUGGCAGUGCCCACGGAUCUCCUACGCCGCCUCCCGCGAUUUCGACGUGGAGUACGCGGUGCCCAGGUUCUCGGCUGGCGGACCAGUACAGGCCCUGGCCACCUACGAGGGCAGCGGGGAUGGAAGCGCCGUGUUCGUGGCCACGCGCAAUCGUCUGCACAUGCUCGGGCCGGACCUGCAGUCCCUCGAGAGCCUGGCCACCGGCCCUGCUGGGGACCCCGGCUGCCAGACCUGUGCGGCCUGUGGCCCGGGCCCCCACGGCCCGCCGGGGGACACAGACGCAAAGGUGCUGGUGCUGGACCCGGCCCUGCCGGCGCUGAUCAUCUGUGGCUCAAGCCUGCAUGGCCGCUGCUUCCUGCUGGAGUUGGAGCCCGGCGAGACCGCCCCGCACCUGGCGCCGCCAGCCUGCCUGUUCUCCGCCCCCCGCAACCGGCCUGAAGACUGCCCCGACUGUGUGGCCAGCCCUCUGGGCACCCUCGUGACCGUGGUCGAGCAGGGCCACGCCGCGUACUUCUAUGCGGCAUCUUCCCUGGACGCGGGGGUGGCUGCGAGCUUCAGCCCGCGCUCGGUGUCUAUCCGGCGCCUCAGGGCCGACCUCUCGGGGUUCGCCCCGAACUUCGGGGCAUUGUCCGUGCUGCCCAAGCACCUUGCUUCCUACCGCAUCGAAUACGUGCACAGCUUCCGCGUGGGAGCCUUCGUCUAUUUCCUGACCGUGCAGCCGGCCAGCGUGACCGCCGCUCCUGGCGCCGUACACUCGCGCCUGGCCAGGCUGAGCGCGGCCGACCCCGACGUGGGCAGCUACCGCGAGCUGGUCCUCAACUGCCGCUUUGAGCCCAAGCGCCGGCGACGCGGGGCUUUGGAAGGCGGGCGGCUCUACCCGAGGCUCCAGGCAGCCCACACCGCUCCCGUGGGCGGCCGGCUGGCCGCUGAGCUGAGCAUCGCCGAGGGCCAGGAAGUGCUCUUUGGGGUCUUCGUGGCCAGUGGAGAAAGCAGCUCCCGUGUGGGUCCCAACUCUGUGGUCUGUGCCUUCCCCAUCGACUUGAUGGACAAGCUCAUCGAACAGGGUGUGGAGCGCUGCUGUGAGCCGUCAGUCCACCCGGGCAUCAGGCGAGGCCUCGACUUCUUCCAGUCUCCCAGCUUGUGCCCCAACCCGCCUGGCCUGGUGGCCUCCAGCUCCAACACCAGCUGCUACCACUUCCCUCUGCUGGUCAGCAGCAGCAGCUCCCGUGUGGACCUAUUCAACGGGCUGUUAGGACCAGUGCAGGUCACUGCGCUGCACGUGACGUGCCUUGAUAAUGUCACAGUGGCCCACAUGGGCACAAAGGAUGGGCGCAUCCUGCAGGUGGAGCUGGCCAGGUCUCUCAACUACUUGCUGUAUGUGUCCAACUUCUCACUGAGCAGCAGUAAGCAGCCUGUGCAGCGAGAUGUCAGUCGCCUUGGGAACCACCUGCUCUUUGUGUCUGGGGACCAGGUCUUCCAGGUACCUGUCCAGGGCCCCGGCUGCCGCCACUUCCUCACCUGUAGGAGUUGUCUGCGUGCACAGCGUUUCAUGGGCUGUGGCUGGUGUGGGAGCGCGUGUGGCCGGCAGAAGGAGUGUCCUGGCUCCUGGCAGCAGGACCACUGUGCACCUGAGCUUACUGAGUUCUAUCCUCACAGUGGACCCAUCAGGGGCAGCACGAGGCUGACUCUGUGUGGCUCCAACUUCUACCCGCGCCUUGCCAGUCUGGUGCCUCUGGGCACCCAUAAGGUCACCGUGGGCCAAAGUCCCUGCCGACUGCUGCCCAAGGACAGCUCAAAACUCAGAACAGUGUCCUGGAAGGACUUUGUAGAGGAGCUUGAGUGUGAGCUGGAGCCCUUGGGCACACAGGCAGUGGGGCCUGCCAACAUCAGCCUCAUCGUGACCAACACGCCAGCGGGCAAGCCCUUCCGGGUAGACGGCACUUCCAUGCUGCAGGGCUUCUCUUUUGUGGAGCCAGUGCUGAAAGAAGUAGAACCCCUCUUUGGCCCACGGGCAGGGGGCACCCGCCUCACCCUUAAAGGCCAGGGCCUGUCCGUAGGCACCAGUCGGGCUGUGCUGGUCAAUGGGACUGAGUGCUUGCUGGAACGGGUCAACGAAGGGCAGCUUUUAUGUACCACGCCGCCCAGUGCUGCUUCGGCCAGUGUUCCCCUUCGCCUGCAGGUGGGGGGCGCCGAGGUGCCUGGCUCCUGGACCUUUGACUACCGGGAAGACCCCGUCGUGCUAGGCAUCAGCCCCAACUGUGGCUACACUGGCUCCCACGUCACCAUCCGUGGCCAGCAUCUGACCUCAGUGUGGCACCUCAUGCUGUCUUUCCAUGAUGGGCUUAUGUCAGUGGAAAACAGGUGUAAGGGGCAACUCCCGGAGAAGCAUUGGUGCCGCCUGCCUGAAUACAUGGUCCGAGGCCCCCAGGGGUGGGUGGCAGGGAGCCUGAGUGCCCGGGGAGAUGGAGCUGUUGGCUUCACCCUGCCUGGCUUUCGCUUCCUGCCCCCACCCCAUCCACCCAGCACUGACCUGGCCCCACUGAAGCCUGAGGAGCGUGCCAUUAAGUUCGAGUACAUUGGGCUAGGAGCCGUGGCUGACUGUGUGGAUGUGAACGUGACCGUGGGUGGUCAAAGCUGCCAGCAUGAGUUCCGGGGGGAUGUGGUCAUUUGUCCCCUGCCCCCCUUCCUGCAACUGGGCAAGGACGGCACCCCACUGCAGGUCUGCGUGGAUGGUGACUGUCGCAUCCUGGGCAGAGUGGUGCGACCAGGCUCAGAGGGUGUCUCACAGAAAACGCUUGUUGGUGUCCUGCUGGCUCUGGUCCUGCUUGUGACUGUAUUGGCCAUUGUACUGGGCUUCAACUACCGGUGGAGAAAGCAGCGAGGCUUGUCUCCGGACCUGGGUGACCUGGCAUCGCUGGACCAAACCACCGGAGCCAUGCCUCUGCCUCUGCUCCAGUCAGGCCCUGCCUCCAGAACCCGCCCUGCAUCUCCUGCCAUGAGCAGUCUGGACUCCACUCAGGACUACAGAGCGUCCCUCUCAGACAGCAGGGAUGGGGCCUGUGUGCCACUGCUUCGGACACGGUCCAUCCAGCUUGGGGACUUGGACUCUGCGCUCCUGGCCGAGGUCAACGAUGUGCUGAUUCCCCAUGAACGAGUGGUCACCCACAGCGACCGAGUCAUUGGCAAAGGCCACUUUGGGGUUGUCUACCAUGGAGAAUACAUAGAUAAGGACCAGAAUCGAAUCCACUGUGCCAUCAAGUCAUUGAAUCGCAUCACAGAGGUGCAAGAGGUGGAGGCCUUCCUGCGCGAGGGGCUGCUCAUGCGCGGUCUGCACCACCCAAACGUGCUGGCCCUCGUCGGAAUCAUGCUGCCCCCCGAAGGGCUGCCCCGCGUGCUGCUACCCUAUAUGCGCCACGGAGACCUGCUCCAGUUCAUCCGCUCACCCCAGCGAAACCCCACGGUGAAGGACCUCAUCAGCUUCGGCCUGCAGGUAGCCCGCGGCAUGGAGUACUUGGCAGAGCAGAAGUUUGUGCACAGGGACCUGGCUGCUCGGAACUGCAUGCUGGAUGAGUCAUUCACGGUCAAGGUGGCUGACUUUGGCCUGGCCCGCGACGUCCUGGACAAGGAAUACUAUAGUGUUCAACAGCACCGCCAUGCUCGCCUCCCUGUCAAAUGGAUGGCACUGGAGAGCCUGCAGACCUACAGGUUCACCAGCAAGUCUGAUGUGUGGUCAUUUGGUGUGCUGCUAUGGGAGCUGCUGACACGGGGUGCUCCACCGUACCCCCACAUCAACCCUUUUGACCUCACUCAGUUCCUGGUCCAGGGUCGUCGCCUGCCCCAGCCUGAGUAUUGCCCCAAUUCUCUGUACGCAGUGAUGCAGCGCUGCUGGGCAGCGGACCCUGCGGCGCGACCCACCUUUCGAAUACUGGCUGAAGAAGUGCAGCAGGUAUCGGCCGCUCUGCAUGGGGACCACUACGUGCAGCUGUCCGCGGCCUAUGUGAACGUGGGCUUUGCCGCCUCCCGGGAAGCAAACGUGCCCCCAGAACUGUCACUGUCCCCACCCGUGCACGGGAGCACCAGCCGGCCUCGACCUCUCUCAGAGCCACCACGGCCCACGUGACCUCAGCCCUAGGCAGGCCCUGAGGGGCUGGACUUGCAUAACCCCUCCGGGGAGUUAACCCCAGGCUGCCUCUGGCCUGUGCCAUGCCAAGGGGCGGCCCGAGUUGCUCUGUGCCGUCCCUGACCCUUAGUCUUCAGGCUGCAGCAGGGGAAGAAGGCACAUUGGCCCCUCAUUCCGCAGAGGGUGCCAGCGAGGGUGAUCUUGAUGCAGUGAGUACGCACGGAGCUCUUGCUGUGUGCCUGGCCUGCUGGGCGCAGGGGACUCAACUGUCACCAGACACUGGCCCAUC